GACAGUGUUCGUGGCAGGACUUAAGAAUCUGUCCUCUGCCUCUUCAUCCUCAACCCAUCUUCGUUAGAGAAAGAGAAGCAGAAGUAGAGAAGAGAAAAUGGAGGAGGAGAAGCGAUUUCAGAUUCCCAGGGUGAAACUGGGCAGUCAGGGAUUGGAGGUCUCUCGACUAGGCUUUGGAUGUGCAGGACUCUCUGGUGCCCUGAAUACUCCUCUUUCCCAUGAAGCUGCAUGUUUACUCAUAAAGAGAGCAUUCGAGAAGGGCAUCACCUUCUACGAUACAGCAGAUGUCUAUGGUCAAGAUCAUGAAAAUGAGAUCAUGAUUGGAAAGGCUCUGAAGGAGCUUCCGCGAGAGCAGGUUCAGUUAGCGACGAAAUUCGGCAUAGCAAGUUUGACGGGGGCUCAACCUGCCAUCAGAGGUACUCCUGAUUAUGUAAGAGAAUGCUGUGAAGGUAGUCUCAGGAGACUCGGGGUUGAUUACAUAGACUUGUACUUUCAGCACAGGGUGGACACCACAGUGGCGAUAGAGGAUACUAUGGGAGAACUCAAGAAGCUGGUGGAGGAAGGGAAGAUAAAGUACAUUGGUCUGUCAGAAGCUAGCAUCGAUACGAUAAAGAGAGCUCAUGCCAUUCAUCCAAUCACAGCUGUGCAAAUGGAGUAUUCUCUGUGGACUCGUGACAUUGAGGAUGAAAUAAUUCCACUUUGCAGAGAACUUGGCAUUGGGAUAGUCGCAUAUAGCCCUCUAGGUCAUGGAUUCUUUGGUGGGAAGGCAACUGUUGAGAGCUUGCCCCCAGAGAGCGUGUUGAAUAUGCAUCCAAGAUUCACUGGAGAGAGCUUAGAGAAGAACAAAGUUAUAUAUAAAAAAUUUGCUGACCUCGCUGCAAAGCAUUGUUGCACUGCUCCUCAACUGGCCCUAGCAUGGCUUCUUCAUCAGGGGGAUGACGUUAUCCCAAUACCAGGGACCACAAAAGUCAAGAAUCUUGAAGACAAUAUUAGCUCAGUGGCACUUAAGCUUAGCCAAGACCAUAUGAGAGAAAUUUGUGAGGUCGUGGCUGUGAAUGAAGUAAGUGGGGAAAGAGAGUUAGAAUCAUUUGCCAAGUAUUCGUGGGAAAAUGCAAAUACUCCACCAAGACAAUGCGCGCCAUAAUUGAAAGAUUGACCAUGGAUUUGCUCGAUGGAGGUGUUUCUCCCUCAUUCUUUCCGCUAGUUGUUUUAAGGGAUAAUACUCUAGUCAAAGCUUGAGGUCGUUGGUUGUGAUAUCCACAUUGCAGUCUCAUCAUGGGGAGCCUGAGAAAUCAGAGAAUCAAUGAUGUGAAAGACAUUUAUGUUAUUCCAUCUACGAGCUUGUUGAGUUAGAAACUGUAGUGUAUGCCUGAACUUUUGGAUUUGACAAGCAGAGGUGUUAUGUUUUAAGGUGGAGAUGCUCUGCCUGCGCUUUAUUUUGAUGUGAUAUUUCAUCGGUUGUGGAAUGGUGAGGUUCAGCUGA